AUGAAAAAACUGUUACGCUUGUUUGUAAAAGGAAGCUCUCACACCAUUUUCAAGGAGAGAGGUCAGAUAUCACCUCAUCCGAUCCCGGAAAUCAGUGUCCACAAUCAGUACAGACAGCCGAGUUUACUGUACUUCCCAGGGAAGGUGUGCACUGUACAGACUCUCUCAGGAUAUUUACUAGCUGUAGCAGACACAGGGCAUCACCGAAUUCUGAUAAUCGACAGCAGUGGGAAUGUUCAGCAUAUCAUUGGUGGGAAUGGAAGCGGUUUAGAGGAUGGAAGUUUUCAAGAGGCCAAGUUUCAUUCUCCGCAGGGUCUUGUAUUUACGGAUCCGUUGACUCUAUACGUGGCAGACACUGAAAAUCAUGCCCUGAGGAAGGUGGACCUGGCUGCGGGUACUGUGGAGACAGUGGUGGGUGACGGCCAGCAAGGAGAUGACAUGGUGGGGGGAGGGGUGGGGAGACACCAACGACUCUCCUCCCCUUGGGACCUAGCAGUCCUCUCCCCAACCACACUGCUGGUAGCUAUGGCAGGUUGCCAUCAGCUGUGGGCGUACUUUCUCAAAGAUACCGUCCUCUGGAAGAAAGCAUACGCAAGUGGUGUGUGUGCUGCGGUGGCAGGCAGUGGGCGCGAGGAGAAUCGUAAUAAUUCGUACCCGCAGCGUGCUGGUUUUGCGCAGCCGUCGGGACUCACCAUAACUGCAGAUGGACAGCAGAUCUACGUAGCCGAUAGUGAAAGUUCUACUAUCCGAGCAGUGAGCUGUGACGAGGGCAAGGUCACUGCUGUGGUCGGCGGUAUGGUUGAUCCUCAGAACCUGUUUGCAUUCGGAGACAAGGAUGGAUGCGGACUGGAGGUGAAACUUCAGCACCCUCUGGCGGUGGCGUGGAGUGAACACAAGCAACUGCUGUAUGUUUGCGACUCGUACAAUCACAAGGUGAAGGCGGUGAAUACUGGCUCCCGUCACUGUUCAACCGUAACACUCCAGGGUGAUUCUGUAACGUUCAACGAGCCAGGAGGUUUGUGCGCAAUAGAUAAUCUUCUGUAUGUGGCCGACACCAAUAACCACUGCAUUAAAAUUAUCAAUGUGGACAAUUAUUAUGUAAAAGUUAUGCCAUUAACAUUUAAAAGUGGCAGUCGGAAAGAAACAAAGGAGCUGAAACCUGUGAAGGAGGUCCAAGUAACACUGAACACUACGGGAGGUGUGUUGGAGCUGAGAUUUUGAGUGUGAGUGUGUCAUCCAACAUCAAGCCUCUCCCUGAGUCUCCAGCCGUGUGGAAUCUUGCAUUGCCAGAAGGGUGGAAGGGAGACCAGAUCGGAGACAGGGGAGCAGGGGCUGGAGAGACGUCUGACAUUGGCAGUGCCAUCUGGUGACUUGAAGCAGGGUUGGCAACUUAGGCCGCAAUGCCGUCUGUUCUAUUGCCAUGACAACCUGUGUUCUGCCAAGGUCCUGUCAUUUCUUAUCUCUGUGGACUACAGUGACUCGGCUCCCUCUCUGGCUGAGUGUGACAUUGAGUACCUGUUUAGCUUAUAACGAAUACAAACACAAGCUGUUAUAUACUGGCUUCGAGUGAGAUUUUCUACAUAACAAAGCCAAUAACUUUAUUAACACUUAAUUGUAAUUGUGGAGAAUUCACUUUUUUUAAUGCUUAAAAACAUAUAUAUAAAUAUUAUUUAUUUACUAACAGUAAUAUUUGAAUGUAAAAAUUUUACAUUGCAGACUUUCAAUAAACUUCGAAUAAAUUUGCAGUAGAAAAUGAGGUAGCUAAUUUUAAAUAAUACAGUAUUAAGUACGAAAAGUGAUCAUUUUAUGUAUUGGUAGCAGCAAUACACAAGGAUACAAAUAACAAAAACUAAUUUAUCCUUAUAGGCAGGGAUAUGACAAGUGUUGAUAUGUGUACAACUGUACGAAAUAGAUCAGUUGCAAGUUUUGCUCUGUAUUUAUUCAGUACAAAAUUAGAUAUUUUUGUUAAACUCUACAUAUAACUGUGUUACUUUCUAGUGGCAAUUCUCCAGUAAAGAUAAAAUCUUUGGGAACAAUUCUGGAAUAAUGUGUUUAUCAGAAAAUACUAUGAGUUUGACUCAGCAAUACGUUGCAUUGAGAAUAUUCCUGGUGUUAAUUUAACCAUUGUCGUAAUAUCUGUUGUUUUUAUCAAUGAAAUAAGUAUUAAUGCACCAUUGUAGAGACUGGUGAGUUGAACCCAUCCAAAACUCACAUGACAUUGCUU